GCGCGCCAGCCGCCCAGACGGCGCGCGGGGCCAGGAGCGCCGGGCGCGCGCCUGGGGGGGAGGGAGCGCGCGAGACGACGGGGCGUGGGGGAGCCCCAAGGAGCCACAAUAGGCCAGACGGCGCACGGGUCUCCGAGGGGCUGGGGGCCGCGAGGCUGCGGCCGCAGCGACGCCGGCUGGUCCGCGUGCGCGGUGCCGCCGCUGGCUGCUUUCCUCUCCCCUCCCCCUCCCCGCCGCCCUCGCUCUCCCCCGGGCGGACGGAGACGGCGGCGGCGUCUGCGGGAAGCCGAGUGUCUCCGCAGUGACGUGGGCGGGCCGAGAGCUCGGUGACGUCAGAGGGCUGUGUGUAGCGAUGUGUGUGGGGUUCGGAGCGGCGCCGGCAGAGCCCAAGAGAGCGGGCGAGCGGCGGCGGCGGCAGCGACGGCGUGCACAGAUUAAUUAAAAGAAGAAUGGAUAGCAAUCCUUGAAGAUAACUGGACUGUUUUCCUUUAGAAUUCGUUUUUAAUUACAGAAGUUCAAGUGGAGUGAGAGGCUCUUAUGGUGUGAGGAUUUAUACAAACCUCCAGUUUGUCAACAUAGAACAACAGAUCAUUUUUAGAGAAGAUAAUUUCUUCUUUACCUUUUUUGGUCUCCUUGCUGCCAAAAAUUAAAUUUGGGUACAUCAUUUUGACUUGUGUUUGUGUCUAGAUUUGAUAACACAAGUAAUUGCAUGAACUUCUCAUGCGUUUUGCUUCAAACCAAACCAGACCAAACCUUUGUAUUGAAGCUGGACAUCUUGACUUGAGAAAAUUGACAACUUAAUUUUAAUAAGAAUCUAAAGAAUUAAAAACAUAGGCUUCCUCAGAGGCGUGCCUCUGAGUGAAAUUACACUGGAAUAUAAGCAAACCAAAAUUGGGAAAUCUAUUGAGCAGUUUAGGGAGAUCUCUCUUCGGAAAUUUAAAUUUUCUGUUAGAGUUAGUUAGCAUAAGUAUUGGUAUACAUUGCUUUUCUCUUUUCAAACAAGCAACUAACAAUGCAGAUAUCAUAUUUACUUAAUUGACACUAUAGUUAUAGCAAUGGAAAACCUGCAGGCAAAUUUCUCCUUGGUUCAGGGCUCAAAUAAAAAACUGAAUGAGAUGGGAGAUGAUGGCAGCCCUCCAGUGAAAAAAAUGAUGACAGACAUUCAUGCAAAUGGAAAAAUGAUGAUACCGGAUGGGGAGCAUGUCAAAGGAACCUGUGCUUCUGUGCCUGAAGCUUUACAUUUAAAUCCCAGUUUGAAACACACUUUGGCACAAUUCCAUCUAAGUAGUCAGAACUCCCUGGGUGGACCAGCAGCAUUUUCUGCUCGAUAUUCCCAAGAAAGCAUGUCACCUACUGUAUUUCUGCCUCUCCCAUCUCAGGUUCUUCCUGGUCCACUGCUCAUCCCUUCUGAUAGCUCCACAGAACUCACCCAGACUGUGUUGGAAGGGGAGUCUAUAUCUUGCACUCAGGCUGGAGCAAAAAAGAGACUCUGCCAAGUCUUAAAUUCUGUUCUCCGAGAAUUUUCACUCCAGCAAAUAAAUACAGUGUGUGAUGAAUUGUACAUCUAUUGUUCAAGGUGUACUUCAGACCAGCUUCAUAUUUUAAGUUUGGGAAUACUUCCAUUCAAUGCCCCAUCUUGUGGACUGAUCACAUUAACUAAUGCACAAAGACUUGGUAACACUUUAUUGCGGCCAUGCACUUUUCCACAAAGUGGUAGCAUACUUCCUGCUAAAAACUCAUUGGCCCAGUUAACGGAAACUGGCAGUGCAUUUCAAGUGGAACAUGAAUGCUUCGGCAAAUGUCAGGGUCUAUUUGCACCCCAGUUCUAUGUUCAGCCUGAUGCACCGUGUAUUCAGCAUCUGGAAUGCUGUGGAAUGUUUGUGCCCCAGACAUUUGUGAUGCAUUCUCAUAGAUCACCUGACAAAAGGACUUGCCACUGGGGCUUUGAAUCAGCCAAAUGGCCUUGCUAUCUUCACGUGAACCAGAAGUACUUAGGGACACCUGAAGAAAAAAAACUGAAAAUAAUUUUGGAAGAAAUGAAGGAGAAAUUUAGCCUGAGGAAUGGAAAGAGAACUCAGUCCAAGAUAGAUGCACCAUCAGGAAUGGAAUUACAGCCAUGGUAUCCUGUUAUAAAGCAGGAAGGUGACCAUGUUUCUCAGACACAUUCAUUUUUACACCCCAGCUACUAUUUGUACAUGUGUGAUAAAGUAGUUGCCCCAAAUGUGUCCCUUGCUUCUGCUGUAUCCCAGUCUAAAGAGGUCACAAAGACAGAGGCAAGUAGGGUCAGAUUGAGACAGUUUGAGAAGCCUCACGGUAGUGGGAAACAACAAAAACCAGUGUCUUAUCCAGAUGUCUCACUGGAGGAACAGGAGAAAAUGGAUUUAAAAACAAGUGGAGAAUUAUGUAGCCGUUUUGAUCCAUCAAUCUCAAAUAAUUCUACAAGUAAAAAGAAAUCUGAGUCUACCACUUUCAACUUAGUCAGAGAUACAAGCAAGGCAGUAAUUGACCGUAAUGCUGCAGCCUCAUCUCCACUUCUUGUCAAAGAUGUCAUUUGUGAGGAUGAUAAGGGAAAAAUCAUGGAAGAAGUAAUGAGAACUUACGUAAAACAACAGGAAAAACUGAACUCAAUUUUGCAGAAGAAGCAACAACUUCAGAUGGAAGUUGAAAUGUUGAGUAGUUCAAAAGCUAUGAAGGAACUCACUGAAGAACAGCAGAAUUUACAGAAAGAGCUUGAAUCUUUGCAGAAUGAACAUGCACAAAGAAUGGAAGAAUUUUAUGUUGAACAGAAAGACUUAGAGAAAAAGCUAGAGCAGGUAAUGAAGCAAAAAUGUACCUGUGACUCAAAUUUAGAAAAAGACAAAGAGGCUGAAUAUGCAGCACAGUUGGCAGAACUGAGACAGAGAUUGGACCAUGCCGAGGCUGAUAGGCAAGAACUCCAAGAUGAGCUCAGACAGGAACGGGAGGCAAGACAGAAGUUAGAGAUGAUGAUAAAAGAUUUAAAGCUGCAAAUUUUGAAAUCAUCAAAGACUGCUAAAGAAUAGAAAACUUUAGAGAGAUUCAUCUGUGUAUUUCCAAUAGGGUUUAUUUUUGUUUGAUUGUUUGUUUUGGUUAUUCAAUUCUGAACGUGUUUGCAUGAAGAUAACUAGGCAUUCUAUCCAUUUUUAGAUCAGAGAAAGUGAAUAGAUUAUAUAUUAGUACAUAAAUUUUCACAUUUUCCAAAUGAAUGAAAAUGUAUGUUUCUUUGUAUUUUUUCCAACCAGCUUAGUAACAAUACUAUAUAAUUUCAAGUUUUAGAUAAUCUGCCUAUAUUUCUAAUGUAAAUUUAGCAGUUGUAUACUUUUAAAAGCUUCAUUGUGUGAUGAAAAAUCAUUAUGGUUAAUCUUGUUAUCCAUAUUUCAGACUCAAUUUUAGAUACAGUGGUGGCUUCAUGUUUCAUAUAUAUAAAGCUACACAAGAAGUUGAAUCUCCAUUUUUUUCAUUAACACAAUUUCCAUUCUAAGUUGAUACAGUAAUACUGAUACCUUAUACUCAUUAUUAAAUACAAAACUUGCUUUUAUUUUGUUCCUUUGUGGAAUGAGUUUCCACCAGUUCUCUUUUUAAUGUCUCCUAAGAGUCAUUUUUUCAAGAGAAAUUUUAUUUGAGAUUAUAGCACGCCCCAUGGGCAUGAUGGGGAAGGAUAACAUGCUUUGUUACAAACUGCUGCUGAACAAAAGAAACAGUUGUGAUUUGUUUUUUGGUUUAAAUGUGGUAAUAUGUAAAAUUUUCUUAAUGCAGCAACUUGAGGGUAUAAAAUUAAUAAUUUUUGAACUUUUUGUUAAUAGUGGUGUUAAAAUGUUAAUGUUCUUAAGAAAAACUGAUAUCAUUGAUGUACAUCAGUUUCUAUAUAAUCCAUAAUUCUCCUGUACAGUUUUUGUAUCUAGUAAUGGGUCUUACUGAAAAUUAUAUAAUGGGUUUGUUUUCCUUUAAGUUAUAAAAUAUUAAACACCUUGAAGGUUAUUUUGGACUUUUGUAUGUGUAAAUGUUAAGUCUUACAAAUUUGCACGAAUGGACCAUUUUCAGUUACUACUUAAUAAUCAAAAUCAGGAAUUUAUAGUCAACUGAUAGUGUUUGAUAGGUUAAUAUAGGGGAGUUUAGUUACCUGCUACCAAAAGGCUUUUAGAUAAUCUUUAGAAGACAAAGGAAUAAUAUAGUUUGGGGGAGGAACGACAUCAUCUGCACUUUUUUUUUUUGCACAGAAAAAUCUCAUUCUUCAGUGACAGAUUUUACAUUAAUUUUUUCCUUAAGAGAUAUUAGGUAAAAUUCUUAGUAAACAUUUUGUAAAGGAAGUUUCCUUAAGCUACUAUUGACUUUAUUAUCCCAUGAGUUUUAUGUUUAUGUUCUCAUGUAAGGUGUAUGAAAUUAUGUGAGAGCUAAAUUUAUUUUUGAAAUAAAUCUGUUAAAGUUAAUGUUCUAUACUAUUCGGAGCAUAGAUGAAAGAUAUUCUAAUGGUAUGGAACUUCAAAAAUCAAUAGGUUAUCAUUUAACCAGUUAUUUUCAUGUUUUGCUUACUUACUGGUACUUAACAUAUCCUAAAAGAAUUGUUGUACUUCCCAAAGUAUAGUUUCUUUACCAGAGUAUGACCUAAUUGUCUAUUUUCUGUAUUUUACUGUGUUAACCCUGCAAUUUGUUGAUUCUUAGAAUAUCCUCAAGGAGGAAUAAAUGUUAAAAUAACAUACAGGAACACAGUUAAAAAUGACAUACCCUCCCAAUACCUUGUAUUCUGAUUUGGAGAAAGAAAAAUCACAAAGACAUUUUAUAAUACAUUUUCAAUUUAGUUGUGAAUUAGUUGUGUCACAGCUAAGCUUUUUGGAAGACAAACUCAAGCCCCUGUAAUUUCAUUUAUUUUUCUAAUUCACUCAAAAUCUUUAUACUUAUGUUACUUAGUAAAUGGUAAACUUAAGUUUCAACCCAAAACUUCUAAAAUAAAUUGCUUAAUGUUUGAAAUACAUUAUUUUAAAAUUCUAAGCAGUGCUUAAAUACCUUUAAAUUGCCAUAAACCCUUAAUUGAGAAUUGAGUAAAGAAAUACUUUGUGGUUCUUCACUUAAGGAAAACUUGAAAUCGUAGAGUCUUCAUUUUCUGGGAGAUACAUUGAUGUGCCAUAGGUUUCUGUCUGACUUCCUGAAAAUAGUUUUUUAGUCACUUGUAAAUAUUAUACCUAUUCUAGUUAGUAAUUUUAAGUUAAACUGUACCACGUAGCUUGAAAAUAUAGAGAUUUUGAAAUACUUUAAAAGUGGCCUCUGCUAAAAUAUCCAUAUAAAUGUAUUCUUUGCAUGCUCAUUUUGUUUGUUGGUUACCAGCUUAUACUUUGCUUUGGUGUUAGCUUUUGUGUGCCAGUUCAUUAAGCCAGCAGAUUUUUCCUCAGACUUUGUGAUGUUAUUUUAGGAAAAAUACAAAAAUAUUUAAGAAAGCUGCAUUAAAGUAAUAGCCUAUCAGAAGUGCUAGAGCAUCUUUAGAAGGAUGAUAGAUGAUUUAGCUGAUUGAGUGAUGGGUAAUGUUUAAUUUGGGUGAUGAUAGUUUCUAUACUCUAUGAAAAAAAGGUACCACCAAAUCUAUAAAGGUACUAAAUGUAAACCUGCUGUCACUGAGGAAGCUCUAAACUACCCUGAUUUCAUAAAUGCAACUUGUAACAACAUGAAAGGAUUUGACUGAUGAUGUAAACUUGGAUUGUGCUUUCUUUUAUAAAGCAUAUUCAUUUGAGUUUCUAUGUCCAUGAAAGUGAGGAUGUUUUAUGCUUUUUAAACUAGUUUUAUAACAUUUAAUAUAUUGCCAGUUGAGAUGUAAAUCACUUGUACAUAUUGAAUAAAAAACCAGUUACUAAAGUAGGUGAAAUAGACUGAGUACAAAAUCUGCAGGUUAUCUAUACUUUAGGAGUCAUGAGAGAACAACCAGUUUAUUUGCACAUCUAUGGCUUCUGUUUAAAGGAAAGUGAAAUGAUAAGGGAACUUGAGUAAUAUGAAACAUGCUCAAGAUUUUUCCCUAAAAUUAUUUGUAAAGCUGGUGCUGAAGGUUUUUGAUCACCUUUAAAAUUUUUCCUCAGUAACUGAUACUAAUUUUGAUUGAUUAGGGAAGAACCCUCAUUUCUGUUUGCUCAUGCAUUUAAUAUGCAUGACAGGACAUUAAAAGUUAAUAUGAAAAGUGCUCAUACUGUACAUCAAUUUCUGUGCUUGGAACUACUUGUUAAUAGUUUUUAUUGAAGCUGCCAGCAAUAAGGGACACAUUACUGCUGUAUUAUAUAUUGUGGGAUUGAAUAAACAAGACAAUUUUUUUCUAGUAGAGAAUACUUAAGAAUUUCCAUUAUUGGAAUAAAUUUAUAUGGGUAUUCUGUAUUGCAUCUUGUUUGAAAGGACAGUUUUUUUUUAAAGAUCUUUCCAGUUUUAAAUGGUUUCUAAAACUACAUAAUGCAAUUUGGAGCCUGUUUCUUAAGUAAUAUAAUUAAAUAUAUAGUACUACUGUUUUUGAAUUAGGAAGUGAUCAAAUGUAAAAACUUAAAAAUUAAGCCCAGAAAACAAAAUAGUGUAUUAAGUUAGUGAAUGUAAAAGAAAUUUAUGAGAUUUUUUUCCUUCAAUAUAAAUACCUCACUUGAAAAUAAAGCACAGCAUACUUAAAGUAGUUAUAGUAGAAAAAAGUCCUACUAAAAGAAUUGCUGAAUCUAGGACAACUUUUGGGGAAUUAUAGUUUGGGAGAAAUACAAUGUACUUGCUUUUAACCAUCCUGUUAGAAGUAUUUGUUUAUCCUAAUAAUUUUAAGCCAACAAACACAGUAGUCUUAAAUUAUUUCUGAAUUUCUAACCUGUGAAGGCAGUAAAUGAAAUAUCUGUUCUGCAACUGUUGAAACAAAUUGUUGAUGACAUUGAUAGUUCAACUUAAAAUCUUGCCAAUGAUGUACAGUUUAUGGUUAAAUUGCUGUGGUUGGUUGCAUUACAUGACACAAAACUGUCCUCUACCUCAGGUGAAAUAAAUAUUUUAUAUGGUUUUACUAUAAAACAAGACAUCUGGUCACUUAGUUUACAAAUUUUAAAUUAUAUUUAUUGAAACAUGACAUACUGUGCUCUUAGCUUAUACCUCAAUUGUAUUUUGUGCUGUUUUCCAUUUUCAUGCCUUGUAAAUAACUUGUAUAGAUUGUGGAUUUAAUUCCAAAUAAAAACUUCUAAUGCCAAUGAAAUAGAUUCAA